AUGUCGGGCCACCAGAGAAGACCUAGCAUGGCGGAGAACCUUACAGCAGAGCAAAUCCAGGAGCUCAAGGAAGUCUUCAAUGUCUUUGACAAGGAUGGAAACGGCAACAUCACAGUCGACGAACUGGGCGAAGUAAUGCGCUCUCUCGGCCAGGAGCCAUCUCAAACCGAACUCGAAGAUAUCCUCAACGAGAUUGACAAGGAUGGCUCCGGCUCGAUCGAGUUUGAUGAAUUUUUGUCCAUGAUGGGCCGCAAGGUUCAACAAUCAGACAGCGAUUCAGAGUUGAGAGCAGCAUUCGCCGUGUUCGAUAGAGACGGCAGCGGAACAAUCUCUGCCGAGGAGCUGAGAAACGUCAUGAGGAGUAUUGGUGAGACUCUCUCCGACUCGGAAAUUGAUGAGAUGAUCAAGGAAGCGGAUGCCAACGGCGAUGGGAACAUUGAUUAUGAUGAAUUCGUCAAGAUCAUGAGUGCCUGA